CUGUCCGAGGAUAUUGGCUACGUGUUGUAUUCGGCACUCGGUAGCUUCUAUCUACCAUCCUGUAUAAUGGUGUUUGUAUACAUAAGAAUAUAUUACGCUGCUAAAGAGAGAGCGAGACGGGGUAUACGGAAGCAGCCACGACCACGUCCAGCGGCACCACCAGAGUCACCGGAUAUCCGUCAGACUAGUUUCACCCAGUUAACACCGGCAACAGACUCGAGACAGUCACCGGGAAUCACCAUCAUUGAGAAUGUUGCCACUAUUGAGAGUCCACAGAUGCAAAUACCUAUUGUAACGUGUGAUUAUGCCAGUGAUGUCAGCACUUCAGAGGCUGAUCCUACGGUGAAUCUCGCGUCGGAGGAGAAGGAUACGCUGAAGGUGGGUAUGCCGAUGCCAAUGCAGAAGCUAAACCUCAAAGCAACCCUGUCAGCCAACGGUGAUGGAAAAUCUACCACCCCAAGCCUUCCAGUCCGUUGUCGUGCGCCUAGUGUCGGUGUAGACGUCGACAUGGUUUCGGAAUUUGAUCCAUCAUCAUCGGACAGCGGAGUUGUGUCAAAGUGUGCUGUGGUGAAGCCCCUGAAGCUGCGCAUAUGUCGGCCGAUAUUCGGUAAGAAAGCAAUGGGGAAAAUAAAAAAGGAAUCGAGUAAUGACACUCGUCAUGGCAAUCGUGAUGGGGUUUCUGUUGAAGCAAAAACACCAAAACCGAGGGAUCCAGAGCGUGAGAAGCGGCGAAUAGCGAGGAAAAAGGAGAAAAGAGCGAUACUCAUACUGGGCCUGAUAAUGGGUAGUUUCAUAGCCUGUUGGCUGCCAUUUUUCUUUCUUUACAUUAUCAAACCAAUGAUACCGAGUGUAACGAUACCAGGACUUGCAUUCACCAUUGCAUUUUGGCUCGGUUACAUGAACUCCGCCCUCAAUCCAGUUAUAUACACUGUAGUCAACAAAGAUUUUCGCCGAGCAUUUCGCCGAAUACUAUUUAAAUAA